UAUUUGUAUUUGUAUUUGUAUUUGUAUUUGUAUUUGUAUUGUAUUUGAUUGUAUUUAAUUGAAGUCGUAGUCAUUUUACAUUAUUGUGUGCAGCGCACACCCUUUUUUUAUAUUGGUUGUAUGAUUUUUUUGGUAUGGGCUUUGAACUAUCAAUUGACAUCGCAAGUGUUUAACAACUAGCCAUAAUAAAUUCAAGUUAAUAUGUCUGAUAAACUUCCAUUCAGUGUACGUGCUACUGAUGUCAUCCACAGAGUCUCCGUUUUAGGAUUAGUUGGUAUUUGUGUUGUUGGAAUAGGUUCCAUAACUUUUAAUGUAUAUGCUAAUUCCGAUUUUGCUCCAUGGAAUAAAGAUAAAUUAAAAUUCAAUAAGGAAGAGUAUCAUAAGGCUCGUACAGAAGGUGCUGAAGCUGGUAAUAAGGAAUAAUUUCAAAAGUAAUAUACAUUCUUAAUAUUACUUAAUAUAUUCUACUAUUUCUUAUCCUAAUACUUUCCAAUUCCAAUUCCAAUUUAUUUGUACAUAGAAGAUAUAAUUGAUUAAAAUCAUUAUUUAAAAUUAUAUUAAACA